CAUUUUCUGUAAAAGAGGCCCGAUGAAAAUGGUAUCACACACGUUUUGGUUCUGUUUCACGGGACAUUUCUUAGCAAUUGAGUGCGUUGGAAAUCAUGGGUAAAAACAAGUCAAAAAAGUCUUUCAAGUGGAAAAAGAAGCACCCAGAUCACGAUGAUCGUUGUAAAGAUUCAUACCAGAAUAUAGUAAGAGAAAACAAGUUAUUUGAAUCCUGCUACAAGGGACAAGAGAUGCUACCAGAGCAUGAAUGGGAAGAAUUUAUGACAGCACUCAGAAGAGAAUUGCCUUCAACAUUUAGGAUAACUGGCAAUAAGAGUCAUGCACAGGAGCUACUAAGGAUAAUAAAAAGUGAAUUUGUAAACCAGGAAGAAGAUGAGGCUAAUAUUAGGGAAAAGCCUGUUGCGCCUUUACACUGGUACCCAGAUGAAUUGGCUUGGGAAACAAAAACUGCCAGAAGAGAGAUAAGAAAGUCUGAAAAGAUGAAACAGUUUCACAAGUUUCUUGUUCAGGAAACCAACUGUGGAGCAAUAACAAGACAAGAGGCUGUGAGCAUGAUACCUCCAUUAUUCAUGGAUAUUAAACCAUAUCACAAGGUCUUAGACAUGUGUGCAGCUCCUGGCUCAAAGACAGCUCAGCUGAUAGAAAUGAUGAACGAGGACAGCGAUAAAGAGUUGCCAACUGGUGUCAUUGUUGCUAAUGACUCAAAUAAUAGACGAUGCUAUAUGCUUGUACAUCAAAGCAAACGACUUCAGAGCCCAUGCUGUAUGAUCACCAACCAUGAUGCCAGUGUUUACCCCUUUCUCACAACUGUCAACAGUUCAAACGGAUGCCCCGAACCAUUUCUGUUUGAUCGCAUUCUUUGCGAUGUGCCGUGCAGUGGUGACGGAACAAUGAGGAAAAACCCCCAAAUAUGGCCACGAUGGAGCCCUCAUCUAGGAGUAUCAUUGCAUCGGCUACAGCUGAAGAUCUUGGUCAGAGGAUUAGAGUUGCUAUCAGAAGGAGGUCGCAUUGUUUAUUCAACGUGUACGGUGAAUCCUCUUGAAGACGAGGCAGUGAUAGCGACGGCAAUUAGUAUGUCUAAAGGGGCCGUAGAGCUUCUUGAUGUUUCUGGUGAAUUGCCAAAUUUGAAACGUUCACCUGGCUUGACAAAAUGGAAGGUUUUCAGCAAAGCUGGUGAAGAAUUAAAGAGCAUUGACGACAUUGAAAAUGAAACCUACAUCAACGAAGGAUACAAAAAGUCCAUGUUUCCUCCAACAACAGAAGAAAACGAAAAGAUAAAUCUUCAACGAUGUAUCCGUGUGUACCCUCAUCAACAAGAUACUGGCGGAUUCUUUAUUGCUGUCUUGAAGAAGAAUGGACCGUUGCCUUGGCAGAGUAAAAACAAAGCUCAAAGAAUGGCCCACAAAAAGUUGCUGCCAUGGGAAUUUUUGCAGAAACAAGCCGAGAAAACUGAAAACGAAAAUGGCAAAGAGUCUGAUAUGGGGGACAAUGCAUCAAAAGAGGGUGAUUCCGUAGAUGCAGUUUCAGCAGAGUCAAAUUUAGAUGAUAAUCAAAAAGUAGCAGAGCCACCAAAAAAGAAAGUAAAGCGGAAAGGAUUUAUCGAGGAUCCGUUUCUGUUUUUGAAAGAAGACGAUCCUUUGCUCAAUGAAAUCAUUAACUUCUUUGGCUUUCCUCAAUCUUUCCCAAAAAGCCAGGCAUUAACAAGAACAGAAGCAGGCAUCAGAAGACAUGUUUAUUUCGUAUCAGAAAAAUGCAAGGAAAUUAUUGACUACAAUUAUAAUAAUUUAAAGAUAAUCAAUUGUGGUUUAAAAGUUUUCACCCGAUGCACUUUGAAAACUGGGGAAACUCAAGGCUGCAACUUUCGUCUUACACAGGAGGGCAUCCAGUCCACAUUCAGAUAUGUCGACAAACAGAAGAUAGAGAUAAGCUAUGAAGACUUAAAACUUUUACUUACUGAAGGGGAACCAAAAACAGAAAAGCUUUGCGAAUCGACCAGAAAGCAACUGGAUCAGAAUUAUUUUGGAUGCGUACUUUGGCAUUUGGACCCUUCUACAAAUCAGUCCGAAAGAUUUGAGUUGUCAAACGAUGUUUGGCUUUGUGGACAUAGAGGCAAAUCGACUGUUCGUUGCAUGAUGGCGAAAACUGAGCGACUUCACCUUCUGCGUAUUCUUGGACUGCCCGUGGAUGAUACUGAAUUAAAGACUAGCAAAACAGUGCCUGAAGAUGAGGAGACAAUGGAGGAAGAUGAAAUAAGGGAUGGAGCAGAUGAGGAAGGCAAUGAAGAAGAUGUAAUAGAAAAUGAAGAAGCCUGAAGAAGAAAGAAUUUACAAGCAGAUUGACAUUGUAAAGCAAUAAAGAGGGCACUUUGAAUAUUGUCUUUGUUUGGUAAUAUUGGUUGCUAGAAGUCAACCUGUGAAAGUUCAUUUUGAAUUAAUACAAAUAUGAUGUUUAUCA